AUGGGUCUUCUGAGCAUCAUCAGAAAAAUCAAGCGGAAAGAGAAGGAAAUGAGAAUUCUGAUGGUGGGAUUGGACAAUUCGGGGAAAACCACAAUCGUUCUCAAGAUAAAUGGAGAGGACACUAGCGUCAUCAGUCCCACGCUCGGCUUCAACAUCAAAACCAUUACUUACCAGAAGUACACCCUAAAUAUAUGGGAUGUUGGGGGCCAGAAAACAAUAAGAUCUUACUGGAGAAAUUACUUUGAGCAAACAGAUGGGUUGGUUUGGGUGGUUGACAGUUCAGAUCUGAGAAGGUUGGAUGAUUGCAAAUUGGAGUUGGAUAACCUUCUCAAGGAAGAGAGGCUGUCUGGAGCAUCUUUACUGAUAUUAGCAAAUAAACAAGACAUAAAAGGUGCCCUUACACCUGAAGAAAUAGCUAAGGUGCUGAACUUGGAAGCCAUGGAUAAAUCUCGGCAUUGGCAGAUAGUUGGCUGUAGCGCAUACACUGGUGAGGGUCUGCUCGAGGGAUUUGAUUGGUUGGUCCAGGACAUUGCCUCUAGGAUCUAUAUGCUUGACUGA